AUGCGGCCGAAGAUAACGCAGCAGAAGAGGAUAAACGCGGCCGAAACCAAGGCCGCCCACAUGUCGUCGAUGUCAUUGAUGGAAAUCGUGGCCGAUAACGGGGCCACUAACAUACCUCCGCUGCAGUUAAAGUUCGCAAGGCCGCGGCCGGGAACAGGUGUGUCUUCCAAAGGAUGGUCCAUGCACGUCCCAUCAGAGGUCGUCGGUGAGGUUGGCAAAUCCGUGGCUCUGCCCUGCACUUUCACACAUCCCCACAAGAUGUACGACAAGGCCCUGACUGCCAUUUGGCGCGUGAAGGAGCCUUUCAACGGGUCGGUGGUGUUCAAGUGCGUCACGCAGAGCUCGAGCGAUCUCUGCAGGGUUACGGUUGGCUCGAAGAACCGAUACAAACUCCUGGGCAACCCGAGACAGAACAACCUCUCUCUCCAAAUCGAGAAUCUGAACUGGAACGAUACCAACCGAUACUUCUGCCGAGUUGAAUUCUCGGGUGAUGUCCAUGACAAAUACGAGAGCCGAUUGGGGAUCCAUCUCCGCCUCAUAGCUGCUCCCAGGAUUAUAAAUAUCUCUGUCCAAGCCGGGCAGGAUCAUGACUUCCAUGCCAAGUGCACAGCCGAAGGUGAACCGCUGCCCAUCCUGAUGUGGGCAGGUCCCCUGUCUGGAAAUGCCACCUCAGUGUCCAGCACAGGCCACCUGAUCACCAAGGAGCUUCAGCACCUGUCUCACGAUGGGAAAUACACCUGUGUGGCCACCAACAGCCAUGGCAGAGCAGAAGGGACUGUCUACUUCUACAAGUUCAAAGCCGGAAGUGGAUCCUGGAUCAUGAUUCUCUUGUAUGUAGCUUUGGGGAUCAAGUUCGUGGCCCUGCUGGUGAUUUUAGGGAUCGGGGCCUUUUGCAAGGGAGGUAUGUAUCACUCGUUUAAAUGCCAGCGACAGCUGUGUAGAUCAAGAGAGGACAGGCUUGGCUUGAGUUCAAGCAAGCAGUAA